GCAGUCUGCACUUCACCAGGCAGAGAAUGGAUGUGGUGCAGCUUGACACCGAGCAGGGGCUCAUCUGAGCCUCAGGGGUGGUUGCUCUAUCAAAGUGUUUGCGAGUAAACAGCCCCAGUGCACAUCCAGCUGCUCAGUGCCACCUUGAGCACCCAGGGCCACUUCAGCCUUGAUCACAGGCCUGCACAGGUUCCAGGGGAGGAGACACUCCAGCUUUUUGAGGGAGGGUAAGCAUGUGGGGUCCAAAUUUCCCCUUAAUUUUUUUUUUUAAAUCUUGCAGAUAGUAUGCAAACAUACAUUUAAUUUACUAUUUUUAUUCUCAUUUAUUUUUUCGAGGCAGGGUCUCCCUCUGUUGGCCAGGCUGGAGGGCAGUGGUGAGAUCUUGGCUUGCUGCAGCCUCAACCUCCCAGGCUCAAGUGAUUUUCCCACCUCAGCCUCCCAAGUAGUUGGGACUGCAGGUGCCUGGCCACCAUGACCAGCUAAUUUUUAAAUUUUUUUUGGUAGAGAUGGGGUUUUGCCAUGUUGCUCAGGCUAGACUCGAACUCCUGAGCUCAAGUGAUCCUCCCACCUUGGCCUCCCAAAGUGCUGGGAUUAUAGGUAUGAGACAUCGCAUCCGGCCUCCAAAUUUCCCCUUUUUAUAAGGACACAAGUUGUGCUGACCAGGGCCCCACCUCUAUGACCUCAUCUAACCUUCAUUAACUCCUUAAAGGCCCGAUCUCCAAAUACAGGCACACUGGGGGUUAGGGCUUCAACCUACGGAUCUAGGGGAUGCAAUUCAGUCUAUCAGCGCCAAACUGCUCCUGCUCGGAGGGAGAGGAGCAUGGGCUGAAGGCAGUGCUGGAGCAUGGAAGGGGCAGAACAUCCCAACCCGCUCUGGGCCCCCAAUGUCUUCUGCUGUACAAAGCACGUGUAUUCGCCCCCCGAGGAUGUGUCCUCCCUUCCUGGCUCACCAAGCAUUUAAAUGUGGACGGAAAAUUUAUUUAUCUGGGGUGCGGCUUCCUCAGGGAGAAGUUGAGGUCACGACUCCUGAGGGACCCCAACCCAAGGGCCUCCAGGGCACUGGCCCCAGAGUCUGCAGCAGGUGCUUCCUCCCUGAAUGCUUCCACACGGCAAGAUCAGAGCCACAAAUGCUGCCCCCACGCUGUUCCGGUAACUGAUGCUGCAAACCCAAGAAAGUCUGGGAUGGUAGUGGCCAGCAGUGGGGUGUGCCAUGGCUCCACCUCUCAGAGCAGGGAGGAGGAUGCUGGGCCUGCCCUUGGGGACCUCAGGCACCGUGGCCACAGGAGUCAGAGCUCUGCGCGUCUGCACCAUGUCCUGGGCUCCUGUCCUGCUCAUGCUGCUUGUCUACUGCACAGGUUGUAGUCCUCAGCCAGUGCUGCAUCAGCCGCCGGCCAUGUCCUCGGCCCUUGGAACCACAAUCCGCCUCACCUGCACCCUGAGGAACGACCAUGACAUCGGUGUGUACAGCGUCUACUGGUACCAGCAGAAGCCGGGCCACCCUCCGAGGUUCCUGCUGAGAUACAUCUCACAGUCAGACAAGAGCCAGGGCCCCCAGGUCCCUCCUCGCUUCUCUGGAUCCAAAGAUGUGGCCAGGAACAGGUGGUAUUUGAGCAUCUCUGAGCUGCAGCCUGAGGACGAGGCUGUGUAUUACUGUGCUAUGGGGGCCCGCAGCUUGGAGAAGAAGGAGAGGGAGAGGGAGUGGGAGGAAGAAAUGGAACCCACUGCAGCCGGGACACGUGUCCCUUGAACUGAAGACAGCAGGGGCAUUAUCCCCUUGGAGAGGCUGUCGUGGAAGAGGGUGGAGCCACGGCCCGAAGCGCCGAGGAGGCUGAGCCACUCAGCAUCUCCUGGUCCUGCAGUGUUGCUGUAAAUCCCCAUUGGAGACUGCAUUAGAGAAUUAAAGCUGCUUGUCACUUUUUGCUGA